ACAAAGUGAUAAGUUGUAAUAUUCAUAGCCAAAUACGUAAAAAACAAAAUUCUGUAAUGAAAACUAAAGCGACGGAUUCAGUUUGCCGGGUAUGCUUAGAGCCCAAAAAUACACUGAAUAUGUGGCCCAUAGUCGAGGCACUAAUAGAUCAACGAACUUCGGUUGAUAUAAUAGAAGAUUGCUUUGGUGUUGUGAUCUCAGAAAACUCUAUGAACUUAAUUUGUAUGAGUUGCAAGUAUGAUCUGGAAGGUGCCUAUCGUUUUGUGACAAGUUUACGGGAGUCAGAGUCACGAUUAAACAGUUCAGUGACCAAAAUAGAAGAACAAGGAUAUGCAAACGACUACGAUGUUCCAUCUAUAUACAUCACAGAGGUAGAAAUUAAGACCGAAAUUUUGGAAGCAACUGCAGAUCAAAAUGAUAAUCAAGAUGAGCUCAUAGACUACGCCAAUUUGAAGUAUAGUGAGACAAAUGGAACAGUCGAAAAAACAGAACCUACCAUGCGCCGGAAAAAAGGUCGUCCGAAGAAACGGCGCAAAGAAGACCUCCAAUCCAACACUGCGGGGCACAAAACAAAAGUGGAAUCCUAUGAUUGGGCAACUGAACAUUCAUACAUUUUUGAUUCAUCAGACGACGAUAGUAUCUGUAGCGAUUAUGAACAAAGCAUGACUUCGGAUGAGGACAGUGGUGCGAACAAGCCGAGGCGUAAGCGGUUUUAUUACGGUGUGAAGUCAAAUUCUCUACCAAAGAGAUGCUGUUGUUGCAAAGAACCACUAGACUCACAGGAAAAAGUUCAAGAACAUGCAGAAAUGUACCAUCAGAGCAGCCGUAUUACCAACCCGAAAGAGUAUGGCGACAAACUCUUCGAAUGCCCCGUGUGUUUCAAACGCUUUGAAACUAAGAUGCUCUUUCUGCAGCAUCAACGCAAAAUGUACGUGGAUGUUCUUCAUCCAUGCCCACUGUGCGAAGAAGAAUUUGCUAAUUUGUUUGUACUCAAAAAACACCUUAAGAUUGAUCAUCAGAAGAAAUUCAAAAUAACGGUGCUGGAAGAAAUGCGCACUAAGUCUAACAUAUGCUGUGGUUGCAAGGAGAAAUUCACAACUCAAAGUGCACUCAAAGAACACGUAGACAAAAUCCACUAUCCUGAAAGAGUUUUAUGUGAAACAACUAACACAUUUGAAUGUAACGUUUGCUACAACCGUUUUAAAACUUACAAAUCACUAAAACACCAUCAGCUGAGGCUUUUCAAAGAAAAGAAGUUUGUCUGCACUCUUUGUGGAAAAAAAUUUCGAGAAAAAGUUCGACUUGCUGAGCACGAGAACCUUCACCGAAAGAUCAGAAAAUUCGAGUGUACAUUUUGUCCGGCUAAAUUUGCUAUCAAAAACUCGUACGAUGUACACGUUAAGAUGCACGACGCAGAGGAAAGCUUUAACUGUGAAUAUUGUGGUAAGGGAUUUCGUAAAAAGAGCCUCCUGCUUAGUCAUUUGCAGAUACACAGUACAACCCGGCCGUUCAAAUGCCACGUGUGUCCGAACACAUUUAACAGACAGAACUUGCUGGAUUCGCAUCUUCUGGGACACUCAGGAUCUAAGCCUCAUAAAUGUAAACAGUGUUCUGCUUCCUACAUUCAUCAGCGGGACUUGCGAAGACACAUUAGGGAGAAACAUGAAGGCAUUCGUAGUUUCAAGUGCAGUAUAUGUCCUAAAGCGUACAUAAGACAAAAACUACUAGUAGAACAUUUGAAAACCCACGACGAAUAAGAUUUUAACUAAUAAAUUUUUCGUAUUAUUUAAUGAGGUAUGAGGACACAUA